AUGUAUGGCGUAAAUAUGAGCAAAAAUAUGAACCUAUUACGACCUGCCUUGGGGGAGCAAGUACCUUUUGGCAGGCUCUACGAUGCCAGAACCGACCAAUUUCUUUCUCAGUCCAUACUGAGAGAAGACAGCCAAAUAUUCCAGGCGUCAUCUGCAAUUCCCUCAAGUCAAUUACCCGAAGUCAACGUUAUUUUCCAUGAUUCCUAUCAGGCCAAGUUCGAUCUCAUGAACAUAGGCGCUGACCUAGGUGCGAGUAUUCUUGCUAAGCUCAUAAAGCUCAAUGGAGCUAGUAUGUAUCUCGAUGUCCCACAGCAAAGAGACGGUAUACUACAUGCCGCUGUUCAUCACAAAAUUAUCUCAGCACGGGAGAAGUUCAAUGUAAUGCACCCUCGGAAUCAAGCAGCCAUAGACUGGGAAGCCUUGAUCAACUUGGAGGCUACACAUUUUGUCGUCGGAAUCGAAUGGGGUAUCCAAAGCAUUGUCUCAAUACAACAUACAGUCAGCAGCUCUGUAGCCCACACGGUAGUUGAAGCUCAGUUUCAGACCAAGAUUUCCAAAUUCAAAUCAGCAAUCGAAACAAAUGCCCCGAUUGCUUCAGAGAGAUCCCCCCAUGAUCCAACAGAUACAGAUAUGCCACUGGAGAUCACAACAUAUAGCGACAUAUCCGCUGAAUGUGGUGUCAUGGUGGAAACUUUGGAGAAGGCACGUUCUGAACUGAGCCUUAUUCCUAUACAUAUUGAAAAGGAAUAUUCCAAUAGGGGUCGACCGAUUACAUAUACGCUAUUUCCAAUUAACGUUCUCGGAACGAUUAUGGAAUAUGAUGAUGGUCUUGGUGCAGCCAUGACCCCUAUCAGCUUGGAGACCGAGAAUCGCUUAGUUCACUUAUUCGAUGAGUUUUCUCAGUCUUAUCAGAAACUCCACAAGAACUAUGAAUACAUUUCACAGCAUCAACAGUACUGUCCCGAACGUCUUCGUAAGGAAGUAGAAUCGAAGAUAUCCAAGCUAAAACGUGCGUCGGAGAGCUUUGAGCAAGAGUACGCGAAGGCUCUUGUAAGUGUACGGAGUGGGAAAGAUAAAGAAAUUCUUCUCCAGAAUCUCCAUGCUACCUACACUAGCGAUGAAAUAUCACCCACUAUUCUAGCCAACACGACUGACCAACACGUCGCCAAAAUCAAGUUUAUACUUGAAGCUACUGGUAUGGGUGCGACCUACGCCAACGCUGAAGAACCAAUCAUCGAUUCCAUAGGCAAUAAGAACGCCUAUAUAUUCUCAAUCAGCAAUGCGGCUUUGAAUGAUAGCAAUUCUUGGAAUGACAAUGCAACCCUAUUCAAACGUUUAUUGGGCGAUCAAAACCCUGAUAUCCUCUAUAUAAUAUCCGACGAUGAUGCAGGAGGAUGUGCCUCACCUUAUGCUUAUAUCUCCUGCUACGAGAAAGGGGACUUGGUGUCUGAGGAUGUUUUUGGGGAGCAGAAUUGGCUCAUAAAGCAGUGCUUUGUUAAGUGCACAACAGACACCAUUGAGGACCAAGAUAUCCCGAGACCACUGAAGAGGCGCCGUGUUACUAUGCCUUGCCCGAGCCAAAACUGCAGUCGAAGUCACAUUUGUGAAUGGAAAUGUUCUAACUGUCGUACUCCUGUGGAGUUCGGCUUCGUCGACAAGUACAUAUACUGCGAUUGCGGACGUAGUUUGUACGAAAACUUCAGCUUUAAGUGUGAUCAGCCAAGUCAUGGUGGGACAUUCGAAAAGUGCCGCUCCCAGCAGGUUUUAUCCCAGCUAAAGAACCUCGGAGACUCGGAAACCGUGAACAUUUUGAUUCUAGGCGAGACCGGUGUGGGAAAAUCGACAUUCAUCAACGCCUUCGUCAAUUACUUGACGUUCAAGACACUAGACGAAGCCAAAGCAGAAGAGGAGCUCAAUUGGGUUAUACCAUGCUCAUUCUCCACACAGGUCAUGGACAGAAAGCGGCCAGACGGAGCUAUCAAGCAGAUCAAAGUACAGGUCGGUACGAGGGAUGAUGAACACGACGGCAGCAAUGGGCAGUCAGCUACACAGCGAACUGCUGUUUAUCCCAUCACCAUUGGCAGCCGUACGAUUAGACUGAUCGACACCCCCGGUAUUGGAGAUACACGGGGGAUUCAAUACGACAAGAGGAACAUGGCUGAUAUUUUAUCAACCUUAAGCAGUUAUGAUGACUUGCAUGGUGUGCUAAUCCUGGUGAAGUCGAAUAAUGCGCGAUUGACUCUUACAUUCAAUUUCUGCAUGAAAGAAUUGUUAACGCAUCUCCACCGAUCGGCGACAAGCAACAUGGCUUUCGGCUUCACCAACACGCGAAUCUCGAACUACACCCCCGGUGAUACAUUUGGGCCGUUAAGUACUCUUAUAGAAAAACAUUCUGAUGUUGGUCUAUCUUUAACAACUCAUACGACCUAUUGCUUCGACUCAGAGAGCUUCCGUUAUCUUGCUGCAUUCAAGAAUGGAGUCACGAUGGAGAAUGAAGAGGACUUCCGCCGUAGUUGGGAGCAUUCGAGGAUGGAGUCACUCCGUCUUAUUGAAUAUUUCAAGUCCAGGGCCCCCCAUAAAGUUCACAGUACCAUAAGUCUUAACGGAGCAAGGCAGCUGAUAGCGAGCUUGACCAAGCCAAUGGCCCAUAUUUCAGCGAUAAUCAAGACCAACAUUGCCAUGAUGCUAGAUAAGAUCAAAGAAUUGACGGACACCCGUAUAACAGGUAUAAAUCUCAGAGAAAGGCUUCAUAUAGAGAAGAUGCAUCUACGUUCUAAAGAACUCGAGAUGCCACGCACCGUCUGUGGGGAAAAAGACUGCAUUGAGCUUAGGGAUGAUGGGGGAGGCGUGAUUGUCACUAUAUACAAGACACACUGCCAUCCUACCUGCUAUCUCACUGAUGUUACGAUUGGUCAAAUAUCUCAUCCUAGUCUCAUUAGAUGUGCCGCGUUUAUGGGUCAUGAUUUCUGUACGAAAUGUACCCAUCACUGGCAAUCGCACCUCCACGUCAUAUGUGAACUGGAGGAAUACAAGGCUACAGUGACAGAUACCGAAGUGGAACGACAGAUCCAAGCAAACUCCAACGACAUAAUACUAAGAGAAACGGCAAUUCAAGACCUGAACAAGCUCAUCGCCGAAUAUAAGGAGGAGCAUGAGAUAAUUCAGAAGGCGUCUGCUAGGUUCGGUAUUUUCCUGAAGAAACACUCCAUCACCCCCUACAACGAUGCGACGCUUGAGUAUCUGGACAUGCUCAUUAGGGAUGAAGAAAUGAAGGUCCAAGUUGGCGGAAACAGGAAGCGUCUUGAUGACCUAUUGGAAGAUCGACGAGCACAUGAGGAGCUCGUAGACACUCUAACGCGCAAUAUGGACAACAAAUACCAAUUGCAGUACCAAGUCCUCAACGAAGCUGGGGUGGAGAACCUUGUGUCUCAGCUGUAUGAGUUAAAGCAUUUCGGCGCGAACCUCAAGACGGUCCAAAAUUCCAUCUUAACGGCGCAUCAAUCCGCGAACCGAGAACGUCCAAUUUGGGUAAAUCAGGGAUGGACAUCCAAGAUAUCCAAGCGUGCUCGUAGGGCUACCAAGAACCCCCAUGAAGUAGCAAAAGCCAAUGUCCAAAAAGCUGUCCUCUCUCCACCGGAUUGGCUUAGGAUUUGGAGAAAGCAUUUCCACGGUCAACAGUGGGGCUUUGUUGCUUUCCGCGCCGCCUACCUUGGCGGCGAUAAUGACGACGAUCGCUGGACUAAAUUUCAGGAGCAGUUUAAACGCAUCGUCGAGUUACCUUUUGCGCGUGCUAUUACCCAAGCACAAGAAGAAGGUGUUUCACUCCCAGAUGAUUUCAACGAGGCCAGAGCCAAGUUUGAGAUUCAAUGGGUAGAAGAAGUUCCCCCGAACGGUGGGACUCUUACGACGAUUACCGAUGCCGAUUCACUCCGAGCCAAGUACGCCGCUCUGAGACCUAAUCUAGCCCCUGGGCUAUGUUGGGACGUUUUCUUCUGCGCGUCACCUGAAGCAGUCGAGUCUUUCGAGAAUGAGGCAUCAACUACCGAUGAGACGACUACGGUGGUCGAUGAAACUGUCCAGAGCCGCGUUGAUGCACGGUUCGAGAAACAUGAAGAAUGGCUUGCCGCACGCCUUGACAAUAUACUUGAGAACCGGAACAAGGCCGAUCAUCGUAAUAGGCGAGAUAUAUACGAGGCUGCAUGGCGCGAUGCAGCAAGCUCGAGUGCGCGGUUCGUCAACGAGAAUUUUCCCGAUGCGAUGCCUUACUACGACAAAUACGAGACUCUGAGGCAUGCUCUCGAUGAAGCCCCAAAAGAGGGCAUGGCCCUUGAAUUCGGGGUCUAUCAGGGCUCUACUCUUCGGAAGAUUGCGGCCAGACGGUCUGGUGGAGUUUACGGGUUCGACUCCUUUGAAGGUCUUCCAGAGGCUUGGCGUUGGGUGAUCCGUCCCGGGGCCUUCGCCGUCGAAGCCCCACCUGAGGUACCCGGCGCCGAAUUAGUGGUCGGAUGGUUCGACAAGACCUUAGCGCCCUUCCUUGCUGAGCAUCCCGGACCCAUCGCCUUACUCCACAUCGACAGUGACUUAUACUCUUCGGCAGUGACUGUAUUAGAGCACUGUGGACCACGUCUAGUGGCCGGAUCGAUUGUAAUAUUUGACGAGUAUUUUAACUUCCCCGGCUGGGAACACGACGAACAUCGUGCUUGGCAGGAAUAUGUCAAUCGCACCGGGACGCGCUUCAGUUGGCUUGCUUAUACUGCUGACAAUGAACAGGUAGUGGUUCGGAUCGAUGAUCCAGGAACCCAGCCCUGA